ACAAAAAAUGGAAGAAGAAAUAUUUCCAGAUACUGAAAUUUGUGAAACAAAUUUAAUUGUGGAACGUAUAGAAAGUGUUGAUUCCAUUGAAUCAGACUACUCUGAUAGCGGUCGGAUUGAAGAUGAUGCAAGCAGUUUAAGUUCUCGUAAUACAGGCGCUAUUAAUGGUUUUGGUAAGCGCUGGUCUAGAUUAGAAGAUAGUUUACUUAAACGAUUGGUAUCAGAGUAUCCAGAAAAAUGGGAUUUUAUAGCAAAUCAUUUUAAAGAUCGUACUGAACAACAAGUCCAGCAGCGCUGGGCUAAAGUUUUAAAUCCUGAACUUAUAAAAGGACCUUGGACUCCUGAAGAGGACCAAAAAGUUUUGGAAUUAGUGCGUCGUUUUGGUCCAAAAAAAUGGACACUAAUUGCACGUUACUUAAACGGUCGUAUAGGUAAACAGUGUAGAGAGCGAUGGCACAAUCAUUUAAAUCCAAUAAUUAAAAAAACUGCUUGGACGGAACAGGAGGAUCGAAUUAUAUUUGAAGCGCAUCAGCAAUAUGGUAAUCAAUGGGCAAAAAUAGCCAAACUGCUACCUGGUCGUACUGAUAACGCUAUUAAAAAUCAUUGGAACUCAACUAUGCGAAGAAAGUAUGAUACUAAUCGUGAAACUCCUACAGUUAGACAUUGUCCAGAUCUACAGAAUUCACGUGCUCAUUUAUCUACUUUAAUUAAAGGUAGUUCGGCACUACUUACACCUACUCUUUCACUGUCGGCUCAAAUUCUACAGAGACCCGCUUCUGGGCUAUACAAAUUUAUACAACAAGAUAAAGCAACAACUUCGAAUACAGGAACAAAAAUACAACAGUCACGUUCACAACCUAAUAUCCUUAAACGUGCCAAGCAACAAUCUGAAAACUGUCAGAUUGUUUCAAGUACUGAUUUAGAAGUUGAUGCAAAGGAUAUUCUUAAAACAGAGGUGAAAUUACCUGAUUCACCUGUUAUGACACCAAUUAAACCUUUACCGUUCUCUCCAAGUCAAUUCCUUACGUCACCUUGUUUGACAACAUUUGAAGAUAUGAAUUUACGUGCAAGUACACCAGUUGCUAAAACUUAUAAUCGCGUCGGUAUGGAAAUUAAAAAGGAAUUGGAGAACUCUUCUAUAGAAACACCACAAAAGAGCUUUAUAGGCCCACGCACUCCAACGCCAUUUAAGGAUGCUUUAGCUGCUUUGCAGAAAAAACGUCGAGGUGAACGGUAUAUUCCUCCUAGUCCUUCAAGUCUCGUAGAAGAUUUAGCCGAAAUUAUACAUGACGAAACAAUGAAUAGCAACACAAAUGUAGCUAUCAAAAAGGAAAAUGAAUCAGUUGUUAGCAAUAGCGAAUUUUCGACAUCAGCUACGAAUGUUUCGUUGCAAGUACCUCCUACGAAGAAAGCACGAAAAUCACUUAUAACCAGUUGGGGUGAAAAUAUAAUGCCGAAAUCUGAAAUAAAACUUGAAAAACCAAUGCCUUUUGAAACUGAAACUCCAAGUAAAUUCUUAACUUCUCGCGAUUCCAGUGCGUUCUCACCACAAAAUAUAAUGAAAGAUACGCUUUGUAGUGAAACAGAAUUAUUAUUAGACAUUAAUGAAGAAGCCAAGAAAGAGAACUGCAUACAACAGGCUCUAUACCACCUACCGUCUAGAAGCCGAAUUGGUCAACAGUUCUUAGAUCCAAAAUGGGAGAAACUUGCAUGCGGCCAAACGAAGGAUCAACAAUUUAUGGUGCAACAAGCACAUGCUUGUUUAAAAAAUCUUUCUUUGACACCUCGAUCAUUAAAUUUUGAAAAGCAAAAGUAGUAAUGUCCGUUAUAAAUUAUAGUUACAAAGAAGCCAUUUUGUGCUGUGGUACUAUUGAAUAUUUAAUUCCACGUUAAUACAUUUUAUUUGGCAACCACUGUCUAUAGCACUUGUAUCAAAAUAUUUUAAGCUAAUAUAUUUGUAUUAAAUUUUGCAUUCGAAAAUUAAUAAGUAGAUGCUUAGGUUAGUCCAAAGAUUUAUUAGUAGUUAUAAUCUAUUUAAAAUAGGCAUCGUUCUAUCAAUAUAAUUUU